GUGCUGGACACAGAUGAGGCUCCGCAUGAUAGUUACAUGACAUCGCCAUGGAGCGGAGGGAUGCGGCCUCCAUCUCUGCGGAGGCACUUCUCCUGAGCAUGAACAUGGCGUACUCCAUCACCGAGGCAUUACAUGGCAGCGUGAUUCUGCCACCGUUGGUGCCUACGAAGCUGAACUCUUCUUGGGACAUCCUCAAAAGCUCACUGAAGACCGUCGUGUCAAGGAGCACCAGUGGCACCUCGAACCUCAUGCCAUCAGCAGUGUACAUGGCACAGUGGCCCUUGCUAGCCACCAACGUGUACGACGUGCCGCAUGACCCUUCGGUUUCUUCUUUCGACGUUGAUGACAACCAGGUGAGCCUCUUCCUCCUGGUGGCCGCCACCCUCUGCAACUUCUUGGCUAGCUGAGCGAGUGCCUUGGCACUCAUCAUGUUGGUUUCUUUUGUUCUUGGAAAUGUGAGAAACUCUUCUGCUAGUUGGAGAUUGGAAUGCCUUUGUAUGUUGAUGAAGUGAUGUUUUUUGGAGGGCACUUAGCCAUGGAUUUAUAGCUCAAGGGUACAGCAGGCGCCCACACGGUGGAGUGUGAUGGUUGGGCAGGAGACAAUCCCCAUGGGCACAUCACAUGUGGUGCUGCGGUUUUGGAGGUGCCAGGAUGUGAUCUGGAUUGGGUUUUGAUGAGCCAAGUGUUUCGCACUCACCAGAGCUGGGGCUGGGAGCCACCACAGCCGUGGUGAUUUGUUUGCUGAGGAAAUGGCAUGACGACCCCAUGGGGCUCUGUAGCCACAAGCACAUUUCAGACAUGGAUGGUGCUUGAAAAUCUCAUCAAAAUCAUUCAUCAUAAUGUUUGCAGCUAGUUGCAACAACAUUGCAUGCAGAACACUUAUGGCCUUGUCUCCUGCCCACCGCUCUUGCUGAUAGCUACACACAACCUGCACGCAUAUGCACUGCCCUGUGCCCACUCUUCCUUCUACUUCUACUAUAAAUCCAUGGUGUGUCCAACACAAACCUCUUCAUCUCAUCUGCAAGCAACAUCACAGUCUACAACACAGCUUCAGGCUUUCAGAGCCAAAGUGAAAUUUAGCCAGCCAGGAACACAUCAGACUCAACCAUGAUCCAUGCAAAGAAGCUUGCCCAGCUGGCCAAGAAGUGCCAGCGGAUGUUGGUGCCUGGAGCCGGUGUCCGCCGCCGGCAGGCCCUGGAUCCCGAGGACGAAUGCUGCAGCACAACAUCAUCUGUUGUUGCCGACGAGGGCCACUGUGUGGUGUACAGCGCUGAUGGAGCACGGUUCAAGCUCCCUCUGGCUUACCUUGGAACAACAGUCUUUGCUGAGCUUCUGAGGAUGUCUGAGGAGGAGUUUGGCUUCACGAGUGGCGGCAAUGGAGGCAGGAUCACACUGCCCUUUGAUGCCAUAAUGAUGGAUUACGUCUUGUGCCUUGUCAGGAGAGACGCCUCUGAGGAGGUCGAGAAGGCGUUCUUGAGCUCCAUUGCUGGGCACUGCUGCAGCUACAACUCUAGCUGCAUGGUGCCAUCAAUGGAAAUCAGCCAUGAAUUAGCCCUUUGUACUUAGCUUUAGCUUCUCUUUUUUUUUUUUGGUUAGGACAAGAGGAGCUCUGUAUAGUUUCAUGUAAGAUCCGAUUAUCACAGGAAGUGAUAUAAAAGAGACACUUUUUCGGGGGAAAAUGAUUGUUUUGACGCAUCCUUUAACAUAGUUCAUAUAGAGUACUGAAGAAAGUACAAAAAACCAUGGGUUUAUAGUUCGCGGUCAUGAUUUCCGGGAGCAGGAAGUAGCGACUAAAAGGGGAGGAUGGAGAUGACUGGAAAUUGUCUGAACUCGGUAACAGCACGAUGAAGGAGAUGGCGAUGGGGAAUAAAUAAACUGGUGUUCCUACCUCUGACAGUCAGACUGAGAUUGCCUAUCUCAGAUGGAGGUGGGUUGAGCAGUUUGUAGGUUCUGGUUAGAGGUAGUAAUGACGUUUUGCUGCCUAGGAAUGGACGCUUCCACUGUCGUUGCCGGAAGUGGCCAAUUCUGGAUCUCCAUUCGUCACAUCGUCUCACCACACUCUGGUGAGAAUUCCAUAUCAAAAUAAGCACUCUAAUCAGUAGCAAUAUGUAGGAAAGCAAGUGAAUUUCUGAUACAUGUCUCUGGUACUUGCUUUUGAUCUUCUGUUCUGUAGACAUUACACAGAAAUUAAAUGAGCCUUGUAGUUGAACAUACGUUAAUAUGACUUCAUUUUUACUAUUUUCUUCGAGAAUGGGAUCUAUUCACUAUUUUUAUAUGCAAAUUCAUUAUCUUCUUUUGUGAAGAAACUGCAAGAGAAAAAAUUGAUAAAAUUGUGAUGGCAGGUUCUGGAUUGAUUAAAGCCUCGCACCACUGAAAAGGCGUAGAUUGCAUUAACAAUUUAACAUUAAGAGAAUAACAAUUUCCGUUAUUUUUCUAUCUAUGUAAAAAAAAUUGCUGUACUAACAAGUAGUACUAAACAAAACAAAAACAUUAGGAGCUGAAAACAGUCACUUGUUGGUUAACACACAUAGAUGGUGCCAUGCAACUUGUAUAGUUGGCAUGGCAUCACUAUGGAGCUGAAGAAUGCCUUUUCAACCUCCACUGAAGGAUUUCUUCCAAGGAAGCACAUCGUGUAUUCCAUCACCAUGGCGUCACAUGGCAACAUUAUCCUGCCAUCGUCACUGCCAAAAGUAACUUGAGUUGCAGUUCUUUGUUCGUGUUGAAGGAUGGUGUUUAGAGGGCACUGAACCAAGAUUUAUGGCUGAAGAGAAGCAGGAGGCCUGUCAAGUGUCGUUGAUGAUUGGAUAAGGGGACACGGCCAUGAGUCUGGUGCGUGCAAUGUCGCAAGCAGAUCAAGGCAAUGUUAUUGACACUACAUGUUGCUUUGGGCCUAACUGUUUGGUGUGUGCCGUCACCAUGCACCACCAGUGAUGUGUUUAGUGGAUAAGUAGCACGAGGACCCCAUGCAAACUAGGUU